CUUUAAAAUUUGAUUCGCUAAGAAUAUAGUGUGUUUUACGAACAAAAAACUUAUAGAAAAAAUAGCUUUUUUAAAGAUAAUAAAAAUUUAAUUAAUUUGACAAUUAAUAUUAAUUAUUAGAUAGAAUGACAAAAAUUAAAGCAGUGAACAUGAAACUAUCAAUAAGCAAAGGUGUUUAGUAUAUAGGAUUGAUUUAAGAUAAAUGAGUAGGAUUUGGUUUGAUUAUGAAUGAUGAGAUUUAUUUACAAUUAACAACAAAAAUAGGAGAUAAAUUGUAAGGGUAGAUUAGAUUUGGGGGUUAAUAUUCGAUUUUAAUAUAUAGUAAGAAUGACAUAAUAAUAUUUCAAAACCAAACUAUUGAUUGAAGAUAUGAAAUAAAAUAACAAUAUUGGGAUGAGAUUAAUAGAUAUUGGACAAUAGAUAAAGCAAUGA